AUGGCAAGUGUACUGAUUUUAAAAAAUAUUUAAAGUGACUCAACUGAUACUUUAAAAAAUACUUAAAGUGACUCAACUAAUACUUUAAAAAAUACUUAAAGUGUCUCAACUGAUACUGAAGAUGAUAGCUUAUCUGAUGCUUAAUAUGACUACGAAAACUAUUAAGACUAUUAAGAUGUAUCCUUUGAAAGCGAAUUUUAAAAGAAGCUAAAUUUCAAAGAAUGUCAUUUACUUUAUUGUGAAAAGUAAUUAGAAAUAGAUUAGGAGAAUAGGUGUAGCUAAAGAUGUGAUUGUGGAUUAUAGCUUGAUUGUGAUUCUUGCUUACAAGAAGCACAUCUACCUUUGACUUGUGAGCAAAAAUUCUAAUGGGACUGUUUAGAUCCGAGCUAUGAUAUCAAAACUUUAUAAAUUUUGUAGCAUUAGAAAAAUUAUAAAAAUGGAGACUGUGGUAGCAUGCUAUGCACUAUCUGCCAAACUAAUUUUUGUUAGGCUUGUUUGAAAAUAACCAAAGACUCCUCUCAUACUUAAAACUGUAAUGAUGACAGUAAGGAUAGACUGUUUAAAAAAUUCUCGCUCUUGAAACACUAAGUUUAACAAAACAAAAAAAAUUUUUAUGAAAAUAUUGAAUAAAUCUAAGAAAGAAUUGAAAUAGUUUUCAAAAAUGAUGAUGAUUUAGAAGAAGAGAUAUACUUUGAGUAAAAUAACUAAAGAUCAACUAUUUUGAAAUAUGAACAAAAAGAAUUAAAACAUAAACUAAGUAUGUUAGAAAAAUAAUUAAUUGAAGAAUCUAACAACUUAUUUAAUAUCUAAAAAAUAUUAAAAAAUAACAAUAACUAAGAAAUCGAUCUUAAAAAUUUUUAAAGUGCUCAAUAUUAUAAAUGGUCCAAAGAAAUUGUUAACUGA